ACAAUUUCCUUUCUGAAACACGCUACGAGAACACACCGGGAAAACGCACAGAGGAAAAAUAAUAGACUUUAGGCACAAGGAAACGGCAGCUUGAGGCGAGAUCGGCGUCCUUUCUUUAACGGAAAGUAGCGGACUAACAUGGGGGCAAACGCCAGCUCUUGACGAGGAUCUACUCUUUAGUGAACCUCUUCUCUGUGGCACAAGUCUGGCUGAUACACAGAGGAAAGGCAAAGGGAAGACAUGUUGAGGGGCUUUUCAUCUUAAGGCUGCGGUAGGAUGUUCAUAUUGUGCUCUUAUAAAGACGCCCCUUAAGAAAAAAAAACAGGGCAGAUGGAAAUAAGGCGGUAGAUUAUGCUCAGGAGCCAAUGGUUUGAUCGAUGUCUGAAUAAUUAGUUUGUUAUGAGCUGGAAUAACGUAGGCCUCUGAAGCAACCCGCAGUAAAUAAACACGGUCAGCAAAUGCUUUGUAGCUUCACAUUGACACUAAAUGUUGUAGAUGGCCUCUUAGAAGCUGCUGUUUUACAGAAUCGCACACCUCUUUUAUUAGACUGGUAACUCGUCUUGCUGCCAAUCGGAAUUGCGUUUUAUGAUAGUCAAGGCUAUUGCUCGGGUUGAGCUAAAUAACAUUUGAACUCUUUGUGGGCUGAUACAAAGGCCCAAACCGAAGACUGCGUCUCUAGAAGUGUUGCAAGAACAUUUCAUCCCGGGCAGAAAGCUCACAUCUGCUUCAGCUUGGCUACCUUUGUUGGCCUGUUUUCCGUGUAGAUAGAAACCACACAAACGAUUUCUAAAUGUUAAUGUCGACCGACGUUGCCUCUAUCAUGCUGCCUGUGUCCCGGGCUCUCUUGGAUCGAGAUAGAGAGCUGGACUCCAUGGCAGGUGUGCACCCCAACGCAGGCGGUCCUCCCUCGGCUGUUCGGGGCAUGAAGCGCGGAGACCCGGAGCCUGACGGACAGACGGCCGCUGCUCUGCUGGACACCUCUGGAGCUGAGUGCAAGCGCCCCCGGAUGGAUGGCACCGGGGGUCUCGGGGAUGUUGGCCAGAACAAUGACCCUUUGACCCUUGGUUACCAUGGAUAUCCUACUCACAGUCAGGGCUCUCAGGAUAGUGCUGGUGGUCAGGAGGGACUGGUGCCUCCUCCCUUCUCUGCGUUUCCUCCACCCCCGCCUCCACCCCCCCAGAACGGCCUGACUCUGGAUUACGGGGGCAGCCUGUACACAGCGGGGGGCGUGCAGGGUCCUGUGGAGGCAGGCGGAGCAGCCAACAGCGCCAACGCCAACAGCCUCUGUGCCCAACCAGAUGGGUCUUCCCAGAUUGACGGUCAGUCAGGGGUCGGCUCAGGCGGUGGAGGAGGAGGAAGCGUUGGAGAUGAGUCAGAUGCUAAAGGGGCCCCCAAACGCCUCCAUGUCUCUAAUAUCCCCUUCCGCUUCCGGGACCCCGACCUGCGGCAGAUGUUCGGGCAAUUUGGAAAAAUCCUUGACGUUGAGAUUAUUUUCAAUGAGAGGGGAUCCAAGGGUUUCGGGUUUGUGACGUUUGAGACGAGUGCCGAAGCAGAAAGAGCCAGAGAGAAGCUCCACGGCACGCUGGUGGAGGGAAGGAAAAUUGAGGUCAACAAUGCCACUGCCCGAGUGAUGACCAACAAGAAGAUGACGACACCGUAUGCAAAUGGAGAAGGUCUUGCAGCUCUUCCAUAUGCAGGGUGGAAGUUGAGCCCGAUGGUUGGAGCCAUGUACAGUCCUGAACUAUACACAGUCCCGGGCUUCCCGUACCCAGCAGCCGCCGCCGCCGCCUCCACUGCUGCGACCUUUCGAGGGGCAUUGCGAGGUCGUGCCCGGCCCGUGUACAGUGCAGUCAGAGCAGCUGUGCCUCAGCCUGCCAUCCCAACCUACCCAGGUGUGAUGGCUUAUCAGGAUGGUUUUUACGGUGCAGCUGACCUCUAUGGUGGAUAUGCAGCGUAUCGCUACGCCCAGCCAGCUGCUGUAGCAGCGACUCCAGCUGCUGCUGCUGCCGCGGCCGCCGCCUACAGUGACAGUUACGGACGUGUUUAUACAGCAGACCCCUAUCAUGCUGCACUAGCCCCCGCUGCCUAUGGUGUUGGAGCCAUGGCAACGCUCUACAGAGGAGGAUACAGUAGAUUUGCCCCUUAUUAAGACAAUUCAGUUAUCAGGAGCUCCUCUCUUCCAUAAAAAUCCCAUGAAAGAGCUCCAUCUGUUGUUGUGGAGGUGAACUGCACAUAGUUUUGAUGCAAAGUUGGCCAUGGCUAAAAAAUUUUCUGACCCCUCCCCUACUUUUUCAUAUAUAUAUAUGCUACUAAAGAAAUAGAGGAAUGCUGUAUUACAAACUGACCUGGCCUUUGCAUUAAAAAGAAGAAAAAAGACCUGAAGUUGCACGGCUGUAUUAUAGUCCCCCUUCUCCUCGGCACUCUGCAGCACAAAUCAUGGGAUGGAGCCCAAACGUUCUUCCAAAGGCUGUCUGACAAAAGUGACUUUCAAACAGCUGUUAAUUAUUUAUGAAAGAGCUGGAGCUGUGUGGCCUGCACACACUCAACAUAUAAGGAAAUGCGUCCACACUCCAUGGGCGCGAUGGAAGCAGCAGGUUUGGAGUGCAACACAAGACCAGAAUGAGAGCUUUUCCAGAUCCCACCCUCUCACUGGUGGACACAAACCAGAGGCUGCUGUCUGCCCUGGUGUGGAGCCUGAACCUGCUGGGACGGUUUAUUACACUACAAACAUCGUCUGAAAGUGGAAUGGCUCGAGGUGUUUCUUACCUCACGUUUUCUUAGUAUGUGGAAAUGGUAAACCUUUAACUUUAAAGUGUCAUAUGCAAAGAAAUUAGUGUAGAGAAAAGUUACCAAAUUAUUAUUAUUAUUAAUUAUUAUUAACAUUAUUAAAGCGUUAUUUUGUUUGACUUGCACAGCAGCUACUGCUGUUAUGAGGCAUAUAGUGAACCAUGGGGUUCAAACCAGAAAAUGGUGACUGAAGAACCCCCUUCUUACAUGUUCCCACACACAUGCACAGAGAUAACUACAUACAAAACACUACAAAAAUGUACUACGCUGUAAAAAAAAUUUCUUUUGAUAAAGACCUAUCCCUAAUCUACAGUCACAAAUGCAACCACAGUAUUUGUUUAUCCUUCUAUGUAGAGAUUUAUUAUUUGGAUUUUCCCCUCAUGCUCCACUUUUUAUAGAGCAAGUCCAACAUUAAAGAAGUCUUCCUUGAAUUAGUUAGCUGCAUUAUAGAUGCUGCCUGGACAGCAAACACUGAGCAAGAGAUAAAGUCAGUGGAUAUAAAAUAUUACAUGCAAAACACCUUACUGUUGUGCAUUUCUAUACUGUUCUAUACCGUUGUAUUCUAUAUUUCCAGAUGUGGCUUUUGAUUUCUGUUUGGUUCCAAAGAUUUGUAAGACAGCACAUGCUUAUGUGUAAUUAUCUUUUUGUUAGUGUUAUGUCAUAAUCUAUGGUAAUUCUAAUAGUAAUUUUAUUUACUGUUCAUCAGUCUUUUUAAAUGACCCGUUUUGUUACAGACUUGAGCGCACACAUGGACCAUCCAAAGGUAUGCAUGCAACACUAAUGAGCCUGCCCUGGACUUUUCCCUCCUUUUGAUUGAAGAUGCGAUAUUUAGCAUUACAAUUUAACUGAAAAAGUGACAGGAUUUUUCCAUUUAACAAAUGUCUCAGGCAUUUGAAUUAAAUGAAAAGGCAUGUAGCACUUUGGUUAUAACUUAACGUUUUUGUGAAAGGAUCCAUCCAUUUCAAACAAUGCUGUGAUUCUGGAUUAGGUUAGUUAUCCAGUCCUCAUCACUAACACACAUUACAGAUUAUAAAGUGUCGCAUAAGGAAAUCCAAAUGUAAAAUGGGAAUGUUUUACAAGAUUAUUUUAUGGCUGUAUUUGUAUUUCAGAUUUCUUGUGAGAAAUCUACAGGACAUGUUUUGUGCUGCUGUUUUGAUUUUUGUUGUGAACUAGACAUUUGUUUGGAACAAUCUUCAUUUUGUGAAUGUGUUUUUGGACACAACAGUAAAAAAAAAAAAAACAGCCAAAGAUGCUACUAGUCCCACAAAACUCUCACAAACAACAUUUAGAGCCACUGAAGGCAUGGAUUAACCAGCAUGAGCGAUAUUGUCAAGUUAAACUAGUUUUGCAUGAUCCUGUGUCUUUCAUAUUUGACUUCAAGCAGCAAAGCCCAAGUCCUCCUUUACCACUAACCCGUUGAACUCUAUAGGCAGCUGGUGUUGGCAGUUAGCUGACGAAGACGAGCACAGUACCGCUUGGCAAAAAGACCCGCUGACAAACUAAAGCUGAACGUGUGGUGGCUUCGUUUUCCCAUCAUGGUUUUCUUGCCACUGUAUUAUAGAAAACUGUGUGGCCAUCUAUCAUAGUGGCAAUGGUUUCUCAAUGACUGGUCCUCUUCCUCUGUCAUGUAAAACCCACAUUUGACUGCCGUUUUGUUUUGUUUUUUGUUAUUGAAUGUCCAUAUAAAUUGUUUUAUAUAAAAUGUUUUGUUGUGA